GAUAAUCCACUAGGGGAAGUAAUGCAUUCAUUGGACGACUUUCCGGUGAUGUGGCAAGAUGGCUACGAUAAAGGAAUGAGAGGCAUGUUUUUUUUGAAGAAGAUGACAUGUUUGGGGUUCAGUUACGAGCUGUGUCAUCGGGGAGAGCCCUUAUCUCUUCAGGCAGCGCGUGUGACGUAAUGGCCCAGGGAAGGUGAGGGCAUCGAUAUGAAACAUUCGACGCCCCUUUUUAAGAUCCGUGCCUACUGCGACAUUAAGCUGUUGGGUUGCAAAAUGUUAGCGCAUUCCACGUGAAUGGACAGCAAGAAAAGCGAAAGAACAAGGUUGCUGUAACAUUGUUCCGCAUACGAUUGCCCACAACGCCGUAACUUUUCAACAAGGGAGCGGAGAACAAACUUUCCCAGCUCAAAAUAUUUUGGGUGGUUAACGUUUUGCCCUAGAAAGAAAGCAAACCAUUAGGUUGAGAAAUUAGCAAGUUACUAUUUCUUUUCGAUGUUCAUGCAUUGCCUUUGACGGGAAGGUCGCCCCCGGCAACAUGGCCGCCACGUCGGUUCGCCUGGCGCGUAGACGUGAGCUAGCUAGCGUUCUAUCCAUAUCUGGGGCACGGGGAUUGCUGGUGCAGUUCCAGUUAUGGCCACUAGGUGUCAGGCUUGAAGCCCGCCGCGCAUGGAAACAGUGCAAAUGACGUCACCGAAAAGCUAUUUUCAAGAUGGCGCCGAACAGUAGGCGCAAUGCCGACAGAUGAAGGGGGAAAAAAACAACAGGCGACACUGAGGAUAUUUGUUGUUGUUUUUUAAUUAUUAUUGUUUUCCUUCGCAAACCGACGCUGACUCGCCCCGCCGGGGCAUGUUGUGUUGCCGCAAAUGAGCGCGUCGUGGCCUGGAAACGUCAGCUACCCCCUCUUCCAACCGCUCCGGCCUCCCCGGUGCGGGCGCCUACGAUGCGGCUAAGAUGCUAACGUCCUCCCGCUGCGCUGCUGGGCCGACGGGGCGGACCGGACGGUUCGAGGUUCGAGCCGGCCGGCGGGCCUGAGGCCCAUGGCGGCGACGCGGGAGCUCGCCGGCUCGUUGGUCGUCGACGAGAACGAGGCGGCGGCGGUGGUUCUCAAAUGUCCCGUGACGCGGAAAGACGGUGACGACGAAGCGGCGAUGCUGGAGCUGGCGGAGCGGCGCCCCCGGGACCCCCGCGGCCUGAACGGAAGCACCGAGUUGCGGUGGGAGGAGGAGGAGGAGGAGAAGGAGGAGAAGGCGGCAGCGGGAGCAACCGGCGUUAGGACAAAAUCUGCGAAACCCCAAAAAUGCGAGCAGGCCGCGGGCGACAUUGGCCGACUUCGCCCCCCGGAGAGCCUCCCGGUUACCCCCCGCCUCCCCGCUUCCCGUCCACACUCGACGGGUUCCGACAGCGAAGUAGUCGUGCCUCCGUGCUCGGGAAAAGCACAGAGGACGCGUCCGCGCUCGGGAACGCGUGCGGCCGUCGUCGCGUCCGACGGUUGCGGCGUGGACGAGGAGCCGCCGACGGUCGCCAACGGAGGCUGUCGCGCCGCCACCGAGGCCCGAAAUGACGGCGGCCGGCCCGUCUCCGUGGACCCCCCCGAGCCGGACUCGCCGGACCCGUCGGCCUCCUCCGAACCGAGCGACGACACUUCGCUCUCGGAGGAGGAGGAGGAAGCCUGCGCCGGGUCCGAUCGGGUCGUCAGGCCUCACACUUUGAGGACCAAACCGAACCUUUGCGUGUCCCUCAGCUGCGACGCCACUCCGCUUUCCCCCGCCGACGCCGACGAGGGGGGCUUCAGUUUUGAGAAGCGCAGCGACUUGCGGGGAGUUUUUGAAGCGGGCCGCCGCAAGAGUGCACCUGAAGCGGACCUGCGGGCGCAGGCCAACUGCGACGAGACCGCUCUCACGCACAAGAGGUUCGGAAUUGUUCACUUCUUCACCAGGAACCUUUUCCCGAGGAGAGCCAAAGAGUCGGCGCUGCCGCCGUCCCACAAUGCACCAGGGUGGCGACUUUUCGGCAAGGCGAGAUUGGACGCCAAAGAAGAAGAAGGAAAAGGAGGAGAGCUCGCCUCCUCGCCCACGGAGCAGGUGUCUCCUCAGCGCCCCCCAACGGCGGGCAGGAGGAAGAACCUGGACUUUGAGCCUCUCUCCACUACAGCGCUUAUCCUGGAGGACCGACCGCCGAACCUUCCCGCCAAAUCUGAGGAGGAGACGCAAAGACACAAACUUGAAUAUGAGGAGAUGGUGGCCGGGGCCAAGAGGAGAGAGUUGAAGGACGCUCAGAAGAAGAAGCGGCAGAUGAAGGAGAGACAUCGGCACGAGGACAGCAUCUCCAGUGCCAUGGUGGUGUGGAACACGCACAUCCUGCCGCACUGGGACGCCGUGAAGGGCACGCGUCGUGUGAGGGAAUUGUGGUGGCAAGGCCUUCCCCCCAGCGUGCGAGGACGCGUGUGGCGCCUCGCCAUCGGAAACGAGCUCAACAUCACAGCGGAGCUGUACGACAUCUUCCUGUGUCGCGCCAAAGAGAAAUGGAGGAGCUACAGCGAGACCAGCUCGGUCAACAACGACACCGAGAGCGACGGCGGCGCCUCGCUGGCCGACAGGGAGUCCAGCCUGGACCUCAUCAAGUUGGACAUCUCCAGAACUUUCCCCUCACUCUUCAUAUUCCAGAAGGGCGGUCCUUACCACGACGUCCUCCACAGCGUCCUGGGAGCGUACACGUGCUACCGACCUGACAUUGGAUAUGUUCAGGGGAUGUCCUUCAUCGCCGCCGUCCUCAUCCUCAACCUGGAGGAGGCCGACGCCUUCGUCACCUUCGCCAACCUGCUCAACAAGCCGUGCCAGAUGGCCUUCUUCCGCGUCGACCACGACCUGAUGCUGAAGUAUUUUGCCGCGUUCGAGGUGUUCUUCGAGGAGAACCUUCCGCGCCUCUUCGGCCACUUCAGGACCAACAAGCUCACGCCGGACCUCUACUUGAUUGACUGGAUCUUCACGUUGUACAGCAAAUCUCUGCCGCUGGACGUGGCGUGCCGCGUGUGGGACGUGUUCUGCCGCGACGGCGAGGAGAGCUUGUUCCGGACGGGCUUGGGCAUCCUGCGCCUGUUCCAGGACGUCCUGCUGCAGAUGGACUUCAUCCACAUCGCGCAGUUCCUCAGCCGGCUGCCCGAAGACCUCCAGGCGCACGCGCUCUUCGCCGCCAUGGCCGCCACGCACAUGAUCAGCAGGAACCGCCGCUGGGCGCAGGUGUUUUCCUCGCUGGCGAAGGACAAAACCAACGAGACGGCGGACACGAGCGGCAGCCCCGCCCUCAGAAGCUAACGCCAGCAUUUUGGCAGCCAUCUUGGAGUGUCUGGAAGCUGGCGUCACCUUCCUCCUCCUCCCGCCUCUUCUGUUCCAUCCAGCGGCACGCCAGAAGCUCCUUGUUGCCGCUCAAUGUUCCCCCCAGCAUUUCUUCAUCUUCCACUCAGCUAUUUCACACUUUUUUUUUUUUUGUGGAACAUAGAAUCUUUAAGGAAGUGAGAGUCUUUUUUUUUUUUUUUUGUUUUGGCCAGUUAAAUAUGUCAAAGUUGAAAAACGAACUUCCUUAAGUGACCUGUGACACCCACCAAAAAACGGACACAAUGUGUUUUGUUUUGUCACACGCGUGCACAACUUGUAACUCGCACUUGUGAGAUACGCAACUGCGCAAGUCGCACACGCUCCUUCGGCACGGCUGCGGCUUACUAAGUUGCGCGCACGAAAUCCAAAAGCGACACUUCGCUGGCGUCGGGCAAAAUCCUCACAUCUCUGAAAGGAGACCUGCCAUGUUUGUUGAGCCAUUCAUAUUGCAUCUUCAAAAAGCACGAGACAUUUUUAACGAUGAAUCCACACAAAAAAUCUGAAUCAAAUGAAUUGUCCAACUUGUGAUUUCGGCUUCUGGUCAGGAGAUUUGCCUGAUUUCUGUUGUCCUCUGUGAAAGCAGACUGUCUUGAAUCGAAAUAAGGCAUUUGCAAACAUCUGCGUGUACAUUUUCCCGAUUUUCUGACACGAUGCAGACCAAACCGGUAACUGAAUCACGAUCCAUUUGUGGCAGAAAAUAUUGCGUCUAUUAUGAAAAUAACAGAAUUAAUGACACGAGGUUGAAGCUGAAGCAGCCUCAGCAGCGGACCUCAAACCGGUACGCCUUCAAAUUUGGACAUAGGAGGUUUGGGCCCGACGCCAGCGAUUUGCAAUUUGGACUCCUUGCUGCAGGUGCGACUUACAUUUGGUCCAACUUUUGAAAUUCAGAACGCAUCGGUGUAACUUCGCAAAUCAGCUGGCGAGAUGCGCGCCACAUCCAAAGUCAUCGUGCGGCCUCCAGGGUUCGCUGUCUUUGUUGGUUGUCGUGUCUUUUUUCUUGUCAGCGGCGGACUCCCGAGAAAAGUCAAGCAAGCGCACCUCUUCCUCCUGUUUGGGACGCGGACAUUUUGGAGCGUCACAAAAGCCGUUGCCAAGACUCCCUGGCCAACGAACAAACACAACCCCCAAAUCAAAUCCUGUUAUUGUUACACUCCCGACCAGCAGGGGGCAGCAUUGCAGCUAUAAAUGACUUGAAAGUGUCACUUGGAUAGGUGAAAAGUUCACACAUUUCAAUGACUCAUUGAGAUCAAUUCGAUGUUUUAAAUGAAACAACAUGGGUUCAUGUUACAAAAAUUGAUUUGAUUUCAUUUUUCUUUGUUUUCUACAUCAUGAAGAUGGUUGUUUUGUAAAAUUUUUAUGUACAGUGUUUUUUCCUAACGCUUCACAGGUUAUGUAAAUAAAGCUUUUUUUUUUUUUUUUUAAAGAAAAAAAAAAGCUUUUCAUAAAUGGGCACUAGUUAAACAUGUAAAUAAAAUAUCACAGCAAAAUAAAAUAAAAAAGUGUCUUUA